AUAUUGCUUAACUAUUCAGAGGCAAAUGUCUGAUCAAUUCAGAUAAGAGGUCUUAACCAUUCAGACUCUGUAUAAUACUUAACCAUUCAGAGGCAAAUCUCUUAACCAUUCAGACAUCUGAACCAUUAAGAGGCUGAAACAAACAGUCUGAACCAUUAAGUGCUGAACCAUUCAGACAUCUGAACCAUUAAGAGGCUGAAACAAACAGCCCCUUAUAUUAGUCAAUUAAUUUCUGGACUAAUGAUUUUGUAUUUCAUUUAUUUCUAUUCUUUUUCAUACAUUACCUGUUCUAAGAUUCAUCAAUCUUUGGAGCAAUUAGAUUAAUAAUGAGAACAAAAGAAAGCAUAAAGAGAAUUUUGGCUUACAAUGUUACCGUUAUGCUAGCGGCGGCGGCGGUCAGAUAUGGAAAGUCUGUUCUCCGGCGUCCUCUACUGGCUGGUGGACCACCCGGCCAUCAGCCAUUACGAGUGGAAACAAGGGCAGACAUUCGGAUCGUCGCCCGCAUUUGUGGCGGCCGCCGUCACCGCUUACCUCCUCACCGCCCUCUUCCUCCGCCGCUCCGGCGACCUCCGGCCGCUCUCCUCCGCCGUCCUCCGCCGCAUCACCGCCGCCCACAACGCCUUCCUCUGCCUCCUCUCCCUCGCGAUGGCCACGGGCUGCUCCCUCGCCGUCCUCCGCCAGGUGCCCGCCGGGGACUGGUCGUGGGUCGUCUGCUUCCCGGCGGGCAGGACUCCGCCGCGCGGGCCCACUUUCUUCUGGGCCCACGUGGCGUACUUCUCAAAGAUCUUGGAGUUUGCAGACACACUCCUGAUCCUGCUCAGCGGGCCCCGCGGGGCCCGCCGCCUGACAUUCCUGCACAUGUACCACCACUCAGUGGUGGUGGUAACGUCCUACCUCGGCCUGGCAACGUCCCAGACGAUGUUGCCGGUGGGGGUGGUGACGAACGCCGCCGUGCACGUGGUGAUGUACGCGUACUACCUGCUGAGCGGUCUCGGGCACCGCCCGCCGUGGAAGCGGGCGGUGACCGAGUGCCAGAUUGCACAGUUCGUGUUCGCGUUCGUGGUGUCCGGGUUGAUGCUGUAUUAUCACUUUACCGGGUCGGGUUGCUCCGGAAUAUGGUCUUGGUGCUUCAAUGCGGUCUUUGUUGCCUCACUUCUCGCAUUGUUCCUUAAUUUUCACAAUGCCAAUUACCAUCCCAAGAACAAAGAGCCUUGAUUUUAUGACAAUUCUUAGAUGUGCAAUUUAGUCUCUUUUUCUUUAGUUUCUCCAUUCUCUCACAAGAUCAUGUCAUGUGUAUUGUCCAAGCAACUAAUUACUUCCUAUGUAAAAGAUUGUCACCGUUUGAUUUUUUUAGUUAAAUUGUGACAGUUUUAUCACGAAUUAUAUAUAGUUUAAAAUAAUUAAAUAUUAUUAAAACUUUGAUAAUUCAAAACUAUAUUUAAAAAUAAACUCAAUACAUUAUAACUAAUUUU